AUGGAAAAGGUGGCAAGGGGGUCACAAAAGCUGCAGCGGACGCGAAAGGUUGCGCCGCCUCUAGCAUCGGGGGAAGCGGGGGCGGGGGGGGCGGCGCCAGUGUUGGACCUGAUUCAGCCGCACAGUGUCUCGGCCGAGGAGGUGGCCGGCUUUUACGGGUGCACAGUGGGCAAGGGACUCACCGCUGCUGAAGUGCAGAACAGGCUGGCAAUGUACGGCCCCAACAGCUUGAAGGAGCCGGAAAAGCAGUCUCUGUUGAGCAUGGUCUUGGAGCAGUUCGAGGACCGGCUGGUGCAGAUCCUUCUCGCCGUGGCGGUGCUGUCGGGGGUGCUCAGCGCCUUCGAGGACGACCCCAAGGCGUUUGUGGAGCCGGCGAGCAUCCUUGCUAUCCUUGUCCUGAACGCCGCGGUCGGGGUGUGGCAGAGCCGUUCCGCGCAGGAUUCUCUGGACGCGCUGAAGAAGCUCCAGCCGGAUAACGCCUGCGUGGUCCGCGACGGUGAGCUUAUCGGUGCUCUGCCAGCCGCGGAGCUCGUGCCGGGAGACUUGAUGUACCUCAGGGUGGGGGACAAGGUUGCGGCGGACGCUCGUCUGCUGUCCCUCAAGACCACGACCUUCGGGUGCGAGGAGGGCAGCCUCACUGGGGAGAGCGUGGCCGUCUUCAAGUCCACCGACGCUGUUCCCGUUGACAGCACCAUUGCCGGGAAACGCAACAUGGUGUUCUCCGGCACAAUGGUCACCGGCGGGCAGGCAUGGGCGGUGGUCACGGCGACCGGCAUGCGGACGGAGAUUGGCAAGAUCUCCGCCGGGGUGCAGGUGUGGUGCAUCUCCAUCCCGAGGUUCGAUGACCCCAUGUUCGGCACGUACUGGAAGGGGGCCGUCUACUACGCCAAGGUGGCCGUGGCCCUAGGGGUAGCCGCCAUCCCCGAAGGGUUGCCCGCGGUCAUCACCCUCUGCCUCAGCCUGGGCACCCGGCGAAUGGCGCACCGUAACGUGAUCGUCCGAAAGCUGCCCUCCGUGGAGACCCUCGGCUGCACCACCGUCAUCUGCACGGACAAGACCGGCACUCUCACCACGAAACCAGAUGACCGCGGUCAGCGUGGUGACGGGGGCAUGCGCAUGGUGGUGGUGGUGGUGCUUGUGGUGGCGGUCGACGAGAAGGGGCACCCGCGGCUGGCCGAGAUGUCGGCGGCGGGGGUAUCCUACGAGCCGGUGGGCAAGGUGGAGGGUCUCGCGGACGACGCCAUGGAGCACGGAGGGAUGCGGGACUUGGCAACGGUGUGCGCGGUAUGCAACGACGCUCAGAUCGUGUUUGACGCUGAAGAGGGUGCUUACGGCAGGAUCGGGGAGCCCACGGAAGCCGCCCUGAGUGUCCUCGUCGAGAAGCUCGGAGUGCCUGGUAUUGCUCAGAGCUCCGACAAGUCCGUCGCCGCCAGCCAGUUCUGCUCGUUCUGGGCGGCCAAGUACGACAAGCUCGCCACCCUAGAGUUCAAAGAAGUUGAUGGCACAACGAACCUUCGAACGACCUUCUUGGAACAGGUGAUGUUGCCGGACGGGAAGUCGGUGCCCAUGACGUCACAGUUCCGGAAGGAGAUCAUCGACAAGUACGCCGCCAUGGCCGUCAGGCCUCUCCGGUGUUUGGCUCUCGCCACGAAGGAAGGGGACACUCUGGGAAUCCUGAACAAGUUCCGCAAGGGGGACGACCCCCAACGCAACCCUUCCCUCAGGAACGCCGACAAGUUCGAGGAGGUCGAGAGCGACCUCACCUUCGUCGGCAUCUGCGGCAUCAAGGACCCUGCGAGACCGGAGGUGGCGGACGCGAUGGUGAUGUGCCAGGAGGCCGGGGUGCGGGUGAUGGUGAUCACGGGAGACUCGAAGGACACGGCCGCGGCCAUCGCGAGGGACGUCAACAUAUUCGGUCCCGACGAGGAUGUGUCCGAGCGGGCGUGGGUCGGGGCCGAGUUCUUCCGCCUGCCGGAGGAGAAGCAGAAGGGCCUCCUGGCCACCGGAAACAUGCUGUUCUGCCGCACCGAGCCUAAGGACAAGCAGCGCCUCGUCAAGAUGCUCCAGGACAUGGGAGAGGUGCCGGCCAUGACAGGGGACGGUGUCAACGACGCCCCUGCUCUUCAGCAGGCUGCCAUCGGGAUCGCGAUGGGCAUCGCCGGCACCGAGGUUUCCAAGGACGCUGCGGACAUGGUCCUCGCGGACGACAAUUUCGCCACGAUCGUCAGCGCCGUCGAGGAAGGGAGAGCGAUCUACAACAACAUGCAGGCAUUCAUAUGCUUCCUGAUCUCGUGCAACAUCGGCGAGAUCGCCACCAUCUUCUUCGCCACCCUCCUCGGCCUCCCGGAGCCCCUGACCCCCCUACACCUCCUGUGGGUCAACCUUGUCACCGACGGCCCGCCCGCGACGGCGCUCGGAUUCAACCCACCGGACCCGGAUGCCAUGAGCAAGCCACCGCGCCCCAAGGACGAACCCAUCAUGUCCAAGUGGCUCCUGACGCGGUACCUGCUGACGGGACUCUACGUGGGCUUCGCCACCCUGGGCGUCUCGGUUCACUGGUACCUGGAUCAUGGGGUCACGUGGUCUCAGCUGCUCAACUGGAGCACGUGCAUGGGAGAAGGGAUGGAGCUUCCCGCGACAGCCGGUCUGGAGUACCUCGCGAGCAAGCCUUGCGAGAUAUUCACCGUAGCCAAGGCCAUCCCGCAGUCCCUCUCUCUCUCCACCCUGGUCACCAUGGAGAUGCUCAAGGCGCUCAGUGCCGUGUCGGUGGACAAUUCCAUGCUGCGGGUGCCUCCGUGGCGCAACAAGUGGCUGCUGGCGGGGGUGGCCUUCCCGUCCUUGCUGCACCUGGCGGUGCUCUACCUCCCGGGUGUCGGCGAAACGUUCGGCGUUACGCCGCUGUCGUGGGACGACUGGACUUGGGUGUUGCGCUUCUCCCUGCCCAUCCUCCUCGUGGAAGAGAUUCUCAAGGCUAUUGGUAGGAAGGUGAACGCCCAGAAGGCCACCGAGCAGCGGGAGAUCGUGCAGAAAGCGCUCAAGGACGGGGAGCAGGCGUGGCGAUCCCCCCCAGCUGCAUGAACGGAAAAAACAUCCCGCUGCUGCUGCUGCUUCUGCUGCUGCUGCUGUUGAGACAAGCGAAGUUCGCCUUCGGGGUUGAACCAAGAUUGUGUGUUUUUCUCGCCGCCGAACGUGUAAAUUACUCCCACCAAUCAACAGCGCUCUAGAAUUGCUCGGAAGUUUCGUCGACUGAGGCGCCGGUACAUUUGAUCUCUUGGCGGGGUACGUUUUAUGCUCUUGGAUGGUCGCAGCUGGCUUCAGAACAAGACCACGUUUGUGUGUGUGACGAGACCUCCGCGGAGCCACGUCGCCCGGCCGUCAGUCCGUCUACGGCACUGGUUUAUUGCUUGUUUUCAUGUCUACGGCCGCAAAACGGCCGGCAUUGUGUGUGUCCUGGUGUCGUCGUAUGCGUACGGGUCCGACAAAUCAUGUGCAGCAACAGAUCGAUGAAAAAUGCGCAAUCGCCUUCACCCCUCUCGCACAUGACCAAGCGGCUCCCCUGCUGCUGCUGCCGUAUUGCACUCUCCUUCCCCACACGAUGUAUGCGCCGAGCAGUGCUGUUAGACCUGCUCCGUGAAGGUCAUGAGGCGCCGGUGGUACACACUGGGCGGGGGUAAAUGACAGCGAAAAGUCU